GUCCCUCAGCUGACAGCGCCAAGAUGGCGGCGGCGCGUCACGGGGAGAUCGGCGCUCGCCUCAGCUGACAGCACCAAGAUGGCGGCGUUGCGGGACGGGGAGUUCGCCGCCCUGCAGAGCCUGCUGAAGGCACCGUCGAAGGACGCCGUGCGGCAGCUGUGCCAGGAGUGUUUCUCCAGCCCGCCCGCCGGCCUCGGCCCGCUGGCGCAGUGCGCCUGCCCCGGCCUCACCGCCGACCUCGGGGAAGCUGAGCAGCUGGUGUCUGCUUUGCACAACCUCACCAGACACGUCGUGUACCGUGGCUUGACAAAGGCAGAAGACAUCCUCGCACUCUUUCCCGAAAACUUCCACCAAAACCUGAAAAACCUUCUGACUAAGAUAAUCUUGGAGAACAUCUCUGCUUGGAGGAAUGAAGCACAAGCAAGUCAGAUCUCCCUGCCUCGGCUGGUCGACAUGGAUUGGAGGGUGGACAUCAAGACAUCUUCAGACAGCAUUAGCAGAAUGGCAGUUCCAACUUGCCUUCUUCAGUUAAAGAUGCAGGAAGAUGUUGCCUUAUGUGGAAGUAGUCCUGUUGUUUCUGCACUGACUGUGGAACUGAGCAAAGAAACCCUGGACACUAUGUUAGAAGGUCUGGGAAGGAUCCGGGACCAGCUUUCUGCUGUUGCAAACAAAUGAAUACUCAAGGACAUGGAUUCCAGCAGUGAGGAAGGGAAGUAUUCUUCACCUGUAGCUCUCACAAGUGGCAGCCUAGCAUAACAUGUUUCCUGUUGUAACAAAACAAAAUCAAAGAGGUUUCUUGAUUAAGAUAGCUGUUGAAAAGCUAACUCUUAAACAUUCCUUUGGUCUGAUGCCAGAAAGUGUUUUCCUAAGAUGCUGUUGAACAAAAGCAGGUCUCUAUUUUAGACUAGCAUUUGAGGUCUCAGAGCUUGGGGUUAAUCACAAGGGUCAUAACUGGAAACAGCAAAUAGCUGCAGCCAGUGAAGCAAGUGCUAUCUCUCUGCCCUGAAAUUAGAAUCUAAAAGGCUUAAGCUGUUUGAUGUGGUGCUUUCCAGCACUAGCAGAAAAGAAGGAUGCUUCUCUGUGGAAUGUGCAUGUACUGGGGUGCAUGCUGGAUACAGCAGUUUCUCCCUCAAUGAAGCAUAGCCAUACUGCAGGUUGUUAUUACAUGCUAAUGCUUUGAAAUAGGGCAAUUACACUACAACACAUUUCCUUCCGAUCAGCUUCAUAGCAACAUUUGCAAAAUGACUAGCCUGAACAUCUUUAGCAGCAAGUAAUUUCCUCCUUCUGUUUGAAAAAAGAGAGUUCAGAUAAUUCAUGUUUGGGUUUAUUAUGCUCUGGGCUUUGCCUUCACUGCACAAAAGACAGACUAGGACAGUAAAGAAUUGAUGGCCAUUGUACACUGGAGGAAACCCUUCUAUGGCAAUAUGUGCCUAUACUUCCUCAAAGUGUUCUGCUGUUUGUUUAUAUAAUUCUUCCUUUGAUUAAAAAAUGAACUGAUAAUUGAUUUUGUGAAUCAUUUUGAGGCUAGAAGAAAUGUUGUCCUGGGUUACCUCAGCCUCUUUGUGAUGGUGCUAGUUUGUAGGCUGUUUAAUGGAUCUUUACUUUUAUUGCUGGAGAGAGAUCUUUUAUUUCCUGUUGAAAUGGAUUAAUCUUUUAAACUGUCUUCUCUUCAUUAUAAUACAGUUUCAGGACACCUUUUUUUCUAUGAGCACCAGCUCUCUGCAGUAUCACAGGUGAUGACCCUAACCUAAAAACAUCUUCAUUGAAAGUGUGGAGGAGUAAAGUGCAGAAAAUUAACAAAAUUCAGAUGCUUCUUUCUGAUAAGCUUCUAUAAUGCUCCAGACUAGAAGACAGUUCUUCAGUUUGGGGAACUUUUGUUGCCUUUGCAGCCUAGCCUUAAAAAAAAAAUAAAUCACCAAAUAGUUUAUAUUGUACUGUUUAUUUUAGAAGGUAAGACUCACUGAGGAAGUAAAUAAUGCAUAAUGAGAUAGUCAGUGUUAGAGGAGCUGAGGGAGUGAAUACACAGAGGAAAUCCUCAAGAUAAACACUGAAGCUACAGCCAGAAUGUUGUAGGGACUAAUGAAAUGAAAAACUGAUAGUUGCAUAGAGUUCUCUCACAAAACCAUUAUACAGCUACAGAAUUAAAAGGAAAGACUUAAAACUGAAAAGGCUUUCCCAGUGUUAGAGUGGUGCUAGGUGCAGGCAGCUAUAAGUUGCUUGUGAAGACUUAAUAAAGGGGAGUGUCCACUGGAUCAGAGUCACGACAAAGAUUUGAUGACUUCAAGGGGUAUAGCACAAGUAAUUCUGCAGGAAUAUACUGGUAUUUUCUAGCCCAAGCUUUAGGAGGCUGUCAGAACUUGCCAUCAAAUCUUUGCCUCAAGUGAUAUGUAUUUCCGUGUUGGCUGUUAUCAUCAUUGCCAGAAGAGCCGAGACUGCUCAAUAAAAGAGGUGUAUAAAACAAGACAA